AUGGCUACCGACGGACAACCAAGCACGAUGCAAUGGCAUAACCGAGAGAGAUGCCGCAGCUGUCCUCGUUGGAUCAACACUCUCCCCUGCUUUAAGUGCGAAUGCUCCUACUACUGCAGUAGGGAAUGCUUCGCAGUGGAUAUAAAGAUUCAUGGUACUCUCUGCAAGUCAUUCGCGCACUUCAAGAACAGACCCGAACCCAACGUACGUCGUGCCAUCUUNUUUCCGGCCGACCGGCCCAAUCCCGAGUUCGUAUGGCUGGAAAUGGACAAACGAUAUGCCUACAAUCAACCUGAUCUUGCCGCUAUGCGAAAGAGAUUCCUCGGAGGUUUGAGCGAGGGCUAUGUAUGGCCGGUCGAAACCCACACAGAUAUCGUCCUCAUGACAGAAAUACGUCCUCAAAUCAUAGUCGGAUGUCGCCCGGAGCCUCCUUCGAGCCAACUCAACAAAAGCGUCUGUACGUUGAUUGGCGACAGGAACCACGAACUGAGAGGGCCAUUCAUUGCGUAUGGUCAAACCACACAAGAGGAUGAAGAUGGAGAGAGUCAUCAUGUUGUCACAGAUCUUGACACAACACACCUUACGCCAAUCACCAACAACUUCUUGGCUAGCCAUCAAACUGAGGCAAUGACUACAACCGCCGUACAAAUCUACAGCAAUGGAGUACAGAGAAAAUUGGGCCAUUGUUCCAGCUCCAUGGACUUUCCCUCUUUGCACGCAUUCGAAUUGGGUGUCGUAUCUCAGAUUUCGGUACUCUAUGGCAUGCCCCUCACGAUCAUUUUCCCUCAGCGAUUCGGAGAUGAAUUCCCCAACACAAAUGGGCUUCAGGAACACAUGGAGAAUAUUCGUCGUGCGCAGCCUCCAGACUCUGGCAAUAGGCUAGCAGCACUCCUAAUGAUGGAAAUCGGCACCUCUAUGAAUGCGUUUGCCCAAGAUUUUGGCACAAUCCCUGAGAAGUACGUAUCAUGUUCUUUUUCUUCGUAUCUCCACGGUCAAGAAUCAGUCACAGCUAAUACGCUAGUCGAAUCAGAUACCGCUCUAAANCACUUGGGAAAAGCCAUCGUCAUACGAAGAGACUUGAAACCUCUAACAACAGACUAUGUGAAGAACUUUUGUGCUUGGAUCGACGAGGAUCUGCUCCCAAUGUUUACCGAUCUCAACGGGCAAAUCAAGGGUGCUUUGGCCACCGAUCUCGACGAUGAGGACCCCAAAGCAUGGCAACGAGCUGCUGACUUGAUGGAUUUGCGCGACAAAAUGUUGAAUCGCUGUACGAGAAAAAGGUUCUACAAUUGGUUGAUGACUGAGAAGGGAUUGAGUUUGGGUGUGUUGGGUAAAUAA